UAUUGGGCUGGGCAUAAAUUGUAACACCUCUCCCGUUUGUUUUUUUUUUUCGAUAAAAAAACCGUUGCCAUUCAUCUUCAUCAAUGGCAUUGCCACCAUGCAAGACACCGUGCUUGAUCUGGCGGAACAACACUGAGAGAUCUGGAAACACAGCAGAUCACGGUGGCUGAAACAGUGCAUUCAGAUCUGGCGUACGAAGUCACUUUUUCCUUCCAAAAAUCCAAACCAUGAACACCUUUUUGUUUUGUUUUGAUUAUGAAAACCGUGUGCAAGGAAAUAAAAUGAAGAUCCAUGUUGAUGAUCCUGUUGUAAAAAUUGCCCAGCUUUUCGCUGAUGGUAGUUUUCUUUUUCCAGGAUUUGAUUUUCACCUUACUCAUCUGAUACUUUCUUUGCCAUAGUUCAUUAUUAUUUGAUUUUUUUUUUUUUUUGUGUAUGUGUUAGAUUUUGUAGCUUUGAUGGGUGAAAUUAAAGUGAGUUUAUAAUUUAUAUGCAUGGAUAGAUAAGAAAGUGAUGAAUAAAGCAGGUACUUCUGAUGUAUGGUUUCACACAUCUGGUGUCUUGUUCUCUUGGUGCAGCUUGUGCCUGUGCUGGGAACCUGGAUUGUGUCUCUGUGAUUACAUACUUAACUGCUCACUGAUUUCUUCAAUGUCCAUGUUAUUAUUGCUUAUACAUUGAACAUGUAAUCAAAGUUUCUGUUGCAUUUUAGUUUUAAUAAGAGCUGUUUUUGAUAUCGGUCGCUAUUGCGUUGUGGUCGUCGAAAUGCUUUUGCAAUUUCGAUCGGUACAGGUGUUGCAACGCUGAUUGCUGUUGUCGCAAUGUGAAUUACCUUCUGAUACCAUUUUGUUGCAGCUGUUUUCGCCGCAUUUAAAACCUUGCUAUGGAGUACCACUUUGAUAGGAGGUUCAUUGUGGAUCCGUACUUAUUGUUAGAAACUUCAAUUAUACAUUCUUUGUUUUUUAGGAAGUAGAAAUUUCAUGUGCUACUCAUCAUGGUGAUUUAGUACGUGCUAGUUUGAAACUCGGUAGCACUAACAUCUCUAAGAAAAGGUAUGUCAGUAUCUAUAUCAGAUACCGACACCGACACUUGUGAUUACGUUUAAUUUGUUUAAUUUUUCAAAUUAUUACCAGUGUCAUGUGUGUGUCCAUGCUUCAUAGGUUUGAAAGGAAAAAAAAAGUAAAAUCGGAGUGUGCCUUAAAACUUAACCUAUUUGUUGUUAUUUGUUUUUGUCAACAACAUUAAUCAGGUUACCGUCAUAGCAAUAAAGAUGAGGAAGAUUGUGAGCUUCUUCUACCUUCAAGGGGACAUUGUCGUCGACCGUCGGUAGAGUCUUGGAUGAUAUUUAAACACUGGUCCAACAUUGAACCGGCUGUGAAGACGUGAACAUGGUUCUAGUAUUGCAAUCCUUUUCGAUUUAGCUGCCAUUCUUGAUGCAGUUUUAUGACUUGUGAUGGCGCACUUGAAGAUGAAAUCGCGGUAACACCGCACGUUUCACAAAAGCUACAAUGAUAGAAGGUGUUCUAUGGAGAAGAAGAAGAAGAUGCUUACUGGUGGAUUCUUUGCAUUGAGAAAAUUUUCAAAGAGCAAAGAACACGGGAAACAUUAAAAAUUGUAAAAGCUAUCACUUCAUUUCGAGGUCGUGCUCUUCAAUGGUGGAUAUGGAGAUCUCAAUAUAAACCACUGACUAAUUGGGAUUCAUUCACAACCGUGUUUCUCUAUCAUUUUAAACCUGAAUGGAGAGAAAUUUUGCCAAUAGAAGAUGAGGAGGAGCAACCAGAUCAGGAAUCGAUGAAAUCUACAUAUGAAACUUCUUUUCAUGAAGAAUCUGUUGUCGAACAAAUUCCUGCAAUUGAUGGUGACCUACAAGUUCGGAAGCUUUCCCCCACUGUUAAGCACAAAGAAACUCACUUGUCUUUCUCCAAGGCAUCUACAUCUUGUGAGGAAAUUACAUCUCCUGUAUCUGUAACAAUUCCUAGGGCUAAACAUUUUUCCAACUUCUUGGAUUUUCACAAAAUUGUUGGUUUCAUGAUUCCGCCGAAACCGCCGGAUCCAAGUAAAAGCUUAGCGAUAACGCCAGUAUCCAAAACCCUAAUUCAUCUUCCCCCAUUUCCUUCCCUAGAAAUGGUAGCCGCAAGACCCCUCGUCACCGUCCAGGCCCUAGACUCCGACAUAGCCACUAAUUCCCCAACCACCCUACCCAUUCCCGACAUAAUGCGUGCCUCAAUCUGCCCAUACAUCUUCAAUCUCGUCCACUCCAACAUUUCCAAUAACACCCACCAACCAUACACCGUCAGCCGCAAAACUCCAAUAAGUUCAAGUUCAUCUCCGCAGACGUCACCUAAUCUCGCUGCGGAGGAGCCAGAGCCCAAGAAGGUGAAGAUGUCUACCAUUACUUCUGAUGAUGAACAACAAUGCACAACCGCCGAAGGCACUAAGAUAAGAUACAAGUUUCGUAAGGUAGCUAUUUUCUUUGCUUACUGCGGUAUUGGUUAUCAGGGUAUGCAAAAAAGAACUGGUACCAAGACUAUAGAAGGUGAACUAGAAAAAGCCUUGUUUGUGUCUGGAGUUGUACCAAAACAGAAGACAAGGUGGAUUUUGUUGAAGAAGAGGAUGGUUGAAGCAUAUCUUUCCUGUUCCUCAGCUUCUGGAAUCUCUUAUUACUGUUCUGAUUUGCAGCCAACUAAGUCUCUUGAUGUUUUUCUUUUGAAAUUCUGCUGCCAUGAUCAGAAUGGACUAUUACACGAUGUUACCGCGGUUCUUUAUGAGCUAGAGCUUUCUAUCAUCAUAGUCAAGGUUUCCACUGCAACCGAUGACACUGAAAUUUAUUUCUACCCUUCACUCAUCUUAAAGAAGAAGAAAAGUCUACUUCCUUCUCACAAGAUAUCUUCAAAUCUUGCCAGCAUCUCAACUGAUGUAUCUCUCAUAACUUCCAUGAUUGAGCCUCAUGUCAAGGAUUGGGGUUUUAUGAAGAUUCUCGUUUUCACCAAGUUGACAUUUCUCUUAAGGUUUGUGUUCAAGAAGCUUAAUUUGAAUUUCGCAAACCUGCCAUUAACUAACACUAUAAUCUUCGAUCAUGGACUGCAUCAUUCGAAGCUUACUGUUGUUGGAAUUUUUCAAACUCGGUUCUCAAUUGUCGCCCUCCACCUGUUUGCUAAAAUGCCUUCAUCUGUUUUGCAAAGUCAUGGGAAUAAGUUAUUUUCUUUAUACUAUGAACACCAGGACAAGCUUGUUAUUUCUUCAUAUAAGGUCCAAUUUUAUAUGUACUUUACAAAUCUGCUGCUAACUGCUACUCUGGUUUUUGACCCUGGACCACGCCAACUUACGCAAGGCCGGUUCGUCGUUGGUGUGACAUUGAUUGAUGCUAUGCUAUACAUCAUCGUUACAUGUAUCUCAAGGAAUUAUAAUGGAUGGGAAGACACGAUCUCCAUCGGACUUCGACAUCCAAGCUGCACAUAUGUGGCUUGCUCAUUCUCUAACAAGACCAUUUGCAUAUAUGACUUUAUGACGGGAGAAAUGGUUGCCAAGUCCACAGGACAUGCUGAAAUUGUUACUGGUGUCAUCUUUUUGCCUGACUGCAAGCAUAUCAUUUCAGUGGAUGGUGAUGGUUGUGUGUUUGUAUGGAAAUUGUCCACUUUGCUGUCUUCUAAAAUAUUGGAGAAAAUAAUGGAAAAAGGUAAUCCAAUGCCUUCAAGAAUCCCUAGUCAACCUCAUGCUUGUAGUCAUAUAUCAUCUUGCAAAGAAGAGAGUCAGCACUGCAAGAUCAAUAGCAUGGAUGUCUCUUCAUUGAAGAAAAAGAGAAAAAGUUCAAAUGGAGUGCUUAACUCAAAAAGUAUUCAUGGAGAGGCUUUAUCUUUUAAAUAUAAUAUUUUAAGACUUCCUAAAUGGGCGCAAGCAAAAGUGGCUCACUGCAAUGAGGUUAGUAACACAUCAUCAAAGGCAUAUUUUGCUUUAUUCUGCUUGAGGUUAACGAAGAAAUUCAGUGUGGCAUGGUGGGUUUUUUCUUUUCCUCUAACGGUAUUGGCAACAGCUUCAGCACAAUAUGCUCAUGAAGUGAAUGGAAUAAUGGCUAUUGUUAUGAUGUUAAUCUUAGCAUUAAUCUCAGUUUUGGUGUGUCUUGCAUUAAUCAUUAUAUCUGCUCUCAACAUUAGGGUGCCUUUAAAUGCACACAAGCAUAUUUCAAAACAGACAAAUAACAUUGCUGCAAUUUUAACAAUAUCUCUUUUCUCAUCUUGAUUUUAGAACCUUGAGGACAAGGUUCAAGUGAACCCCGCGGCAAUGAUAGAAGGGUAUUAUAUGAUUUAUAUUAGUAGUAUUGUUAUUGAUAGGGGGUAAUAAUAGAACUUAUAUUAUUAGUACUGUAUUGGGCUUUUGUGUAUUUGGGCCUUUAAUAGAACAUCCACUAUGGGAUCUAUAUAUGUAGUGUCUUUGACACAAUUAAGGGUAUCAAAGAAAUCAAAGUUAUUUUUAUCUAUAUUUUCUUAGUUUAUUUUAAUGUCUUUAUCUUUUAUUCUUGAAACCCUAAUUCCAUAUUCUUGGUAGGGAAAAUCUU